AUUAUUUAUCUCUCCCUCCCUGUCUAUGUCAUUGUUUCCUUCAUACACCUUUUUGGCAAAGUCUGGAAGUUGCGCAGGAAGAAGAGCAAAAAAAAGAGAGCAAUUGGAAGCUUGUAUUCAUGGAGAACGGAGUGGACCCUGACCAGAAAGAAUGCAGAGCUCCAAGAGAAGCCGUAGACAAGACAAAAGAAUCUAAGCAUACUGUGCCGGCUGAUUCAGCAGCACAGGGCCAGCCAGGACCUCCUCACCCUCCAAGAGUGAGACCCAGGCUGGUAUUCCAUACUCAGCUGGCUCAUGGCAGCUCAACUGGAAGAAUCGAAGGCUUCACAAAUGUCAAGGAACUCUAUGCCAAAAUCGCUGAGGUUUUUAACAUCUCUCCAACAGAGAUCUUGUUCUGCACUUUGAACACACACAAAGUGGAUAUGCAGAAGCUUCUUGGCGGUCAGAUUGGUCUGGAAGAUUUCAUCUUUGCACAUGUUAGAGGGGAAACCAAAGAAGUGGAGAUAACCAAGACAGAAGAUGCUUUGGGCCUUACCAUCACUGAUAAUGGAGCAGGAUAUGCUUUUAUAAAAAGAAUUAAGGAGGGCAGCAUCACCGACCGACUGCAGUCUGUCAAUGUUGGGGACAAUAUUGAAGCCAUAAACGAUCAGACAAUUGUCGGAUGCAGACACUAUGAAGUAGCAAAGAUGCUGAGGGAGCUUCCGAAAACUGAGACAUUCACACUUCGUCUGGUCGAACCAAAGCGAGCGUUUGAUAUGAUUGGACAAAGAGGCAGACCCAACAAAAGUCCCAGUGAAGGAAAAUUGUCCAGUGGGAAAGAAACUCUGCGCCUGCGAAAUACGGGCAUGGCUACCGUGGAGGAAUUGCCGAGUGAUGGGGAAGAAGAAGCAUCACGUAAGGUGGAUGACUUGCUGGAAAGUUACAUGGGAAUCCGAGAUAUGGAGCUUGCUACGACUCUUGUGGAGACAGCCAAGGAGAAACAGAGCCCUGAGGAAUUUAGCAGUGGACUGGAUGCUGUGCUGGGUGAUUUUGCCUUCCCUGCUGAGUUUGUGUUAGAAGUUUGGGAAGCUAUUCACCAGACAGACAAAUGAACGUUGCUGACUGUACAUACUGUGUACUAUGUAUCUUUUACACCACGUAGUACAAAAAAAAAUAAAAAAAAAUUCACUUUUCAGAAACCAGAAAUAAUCUUUAUCAUGCGACUUCAAAGCCAGAUAAUUGUACUAAGAUGUUUGCAUUUAGCUAAAGUCCAAUAAAUACUUUAGUGCUUUGUUUUUCUUGGUUAUUUCAACAAUAAUAUUUUGACAUGUAAUUAAUAUUUGCAUACCUCCCAAAAUAGACAAAAUAGGCCACACUCAUUUGAAGUGAGAUGAUGCUUAUUUUUUCUGCCAAAAUUUAGGACUGUUGACAGGUAUGUGUUUACCCAAUGCAGAAAAUGAUUACAUCUACCCCGGUCACCAGUAAAGCAUGGCUGUUUGAUGGGCUGUUUCUUAUAAACAUAAAUGGACAGAUAACAGUCUAACGUGAAAGAGUCCAAGGGACAAUCCAUUAUCUGGAACUAGUUUUGUGCUUCAUGCUUUGAAAUGUAAUAUAACAUUGUGCAAUCAAUAUUACAUAAAUAAAAUGUUUUGUGCUUUAUUAAUUAGUUUGAAGUCUGCAAAAAACUUGCAUAGAAGUCAGUCUUAUAGGGUGACAUCUGUUGCCUAUUCACUGAGGGAUCCAUGAUUCUGAGCUAUAUUCACCAUCGCCUAAGUAUUGAUUAUUCGGCUUCCUGUAAAUGAAAAAGUCACUAAAAGCAAGGAAGAAAUCUAUACGUAUAAUACAGUAAAUACAAUUCUACUUUGUAUAUAAGGUCAUUCUGUCUAGCAAGCACAACUGAUUUUUAUGUAAGAUGUUACUUGUAAGAUGCAUAU